UCCUCGUGGAGGCCGAGGUGAGGGCAAGUAGGGCCCCGGCGUUCAAACUCUCUCCUCGCGGUCCCGGCUGAGGCCUUCGGGGCACCAACUCCAGGUGAUGAAGAAUGAGGCCACUGAAGUGAUUACUAAAAGAAAAUAUUAAACAGCUGACGAUUAUUUUUCUGUUAAGCUGCCUUGCUGGUGGUCCCAGACGUCACAACAUGGGGCUCACGAAGCAGUACCUACGCUAUGUCGCCAGUGCAGUCUUCGGCCUCAUUGGCAGCCAAAAAGGUAAUAUUGUCUUCGUGACGCUUCGCGGUGAAAAAGGACGCUACGUGGCCGUACCAGCCUGUGAACAUGUGUUCAUCUGGGACUUAAGGAAAGGAGAGAAGAUCCUCAUCCUUCAGGGGCUUAAACAAGAAGUCACUUGCUUGUGUCCCUCCCCAGAUGGGCUACACUUAGCUGUUGGUUAUGAGGAUGGGUCUAUCCGAAUCUUCAGUCUCCUGAGCGGGGAAGGAAAUGUGACCUUCAAUGGACACAAAGCAGCCAUCACUUCUCUGAAGUAUGAUCAGCUUGGGGGCAGGCUGGCGUCUGGCUCCAAGGACACAGAUACUAUCGUGUGGGAUGUGAUCAAUGAGAGUGGCCUCUACCGUCUCAAGGGGCACAAGGAUGCUGUCACACAAGCCUUGUUUCUACGAGAAAAGAAUCUGCUGGUUACUAGUGGGAAAGAUACCCUGGUGAAAUGGUGGGACCUUGACACCCAGCACUGCUUUAAGACCAUGGUUGGCCACCGAACCGAGGUGUGGGGGUUGGUUCUGGUGUCCGAAGAAAAGCGACUCAUCACUGGGUCCUCCGACAGUGAGCUGAGGGCGUGGGACAUAACCUACCUGCAGGAGAUGGAAGACUCAGAAGAACCAGAGCCCAAGAAAAGCAGAGGGUCUUCCCCUGGGACACAGGACACACCUGAGCCAGAGGACGGUGCCCCGGAGACGGAUGAGACCGCUGAGGACCGCAUCCUUAGGUGCAGAAAAGCUGGUUCCAUCAUGCGGGAGGGAAGGGACAGAGUUGUGAACCUGGCCGUGGACAGGACGGGCAGGAUUCUAGCUUGUCACGGAACUGAUUCUGUGCUAGAAGUGUUCUGCAUCCUUUCCAAAGCGGAAGUUCAGAAGAAAAUGGAUAAGAAGAUGAAGAAAGCUAGAAAGAAAGCAAAAUUAAAUUCUUCCAAAGGGGAGGAGGAAGACCUUGACGUCAAUGUCAAAACGACUCUGCAAGAUGAAAUCCAACGGGUGACUAAUAUCAAAACUUCUGCCAAAAUCAAAUCCUUCGACUUGAUUCACUUGCCCCAAGGAGAGUUGAAGGCCGUCUUCCUGCUGCAGAACAACUUGGUGGAGUCCUACUCACUGAGCCCGUCCGCGCCUGCUCCUCAGCCGGUGAGGACGAGCAGGAUCACCCUCGGGGCUCAUCGCAGCGACGUGCGCACUCUGUCUUUCAGCUCGGACAACAUUGCUAUCCUGUCAGCGGCGGCGGAUUCUGUGAAGAUUUGGAACAGGGCCACACUGCAGUGCAUUCGCACCAUGACCUGUGAAUACGCGCUUUGCUCCUUCUUCGUACCUGGUGACAGGCAGGUGGUCAUAGGAACAAAGACGGGAAAGCUGCAGCUUUAUGACCUGGCCUCGGGAAACCUGCUGGAGACGAUAGACGCACACGAUGGAGCUCUGUGGGCCUCGUCUCUCUCUCCAGAUCAGCGUGGCUUUGUGACCGGCGGUGCAGAUAAAGCUGUCAAGUUCUGGGAUUUUGAGUUGGUGAAAGAUGAAAAUAGUACCCAGAAGAGGCUUUCUGUGAAGCAGACCCGAACCUUGCAGCUAGAUGAAGAUGUUCUAUGUGUCAGUUUUUCUCCCAAUCAGAAGCUCUUGGCUGUCUCUCUGCUAGACUGUACUGUGAAAAUCUUCUACGUUGACACUUUAAAGUUUUUUCUCUCCCUGUAUGGACACAAACUGCCUGUCAUAUGCAUGGACAUCUCUCACGACGGAGCUUUAAUAGCAACUGGCUCGGCUGACAGGAAUGUGAAGAUCUGGGGUUUGGACUUCGGGGACUGCCACAAGUCUCUCUUUGCGCACGAUGACAGUGUGAUGUACCUCCGGUUCGUACCCAAGUCCCACCUCUUCUUCACUGCGGGGAAGGACCGCAAGAUUAAGCAGUGGGACGCGGACAAAUUCGAGCACAUACAGACCCUGGAGGGGCACCACCAGGAAAUCUGGUGCUUGGCCGUGAGCCCUAGCGGAGACUAUGUUGUGUCAUCUUCCCACGACAAAUCUCUGAGGCUUUGGGAGAGGACAAGGGAGCCUCUCAUUCUUGAGGAAGAAAGGGAGAUGCAAAGGGAAGCAGAAUAUGAGGAGAGUGUGGCCAGAGAAGACCAGCCAGUGGUUCCAGGAGAGACUCAAGGUGACAACUACUUUACCGGAAAGAAAACUAUCGAAACGGUCAAAGCAGCUGAGAGGAUCAUGGAGGCUGUCGAGCUGUACCGAGAGGAAACUGCAAAAAUGAAGGAACACAAAGCCAUUUGUAAAGCUGCAGGGAAAGAGGUUCCUCUUCCCAUCAACCCCAUCCUGAUGGCCUAUGGCAACAUCUCUCCUUCGGCUUAUGUGUUGGAGAUCUUUAAAGGGAUCAAGUCGAGCGAGCUGGAAGAGUCUCUGCUUGUGCUGCCUUUCUCUUACGUCCCAGACGUCCUGAAGCUCUUUAACGAGUUCAUCCAGCUGGGCUCUGAUAUUGAACUUUUGUGUAGAUGCCUCUUCUUUCUGCUCAGGAUUCACUUUGGGCAGAUCACUAGUAACCAAAUGCUUGUGCCGGUCAUUGAAAAAUUAAAGGAAACAACUAUUUCAAAAGUCAGCCAAGUCCGGGAUGUUAUCGGCUUCAAUAUGGCAGGCCUUGAGUAUCUCAAGAGGGAAUGCGAGGCAAAAAGUGAAGUUAUGUUUUUUGCUGAUGCUACCAGCCACUUGGAAGAAAAGAAGAGAAAGAGGAAAAAGCGGGAGAAGCUAAUUUUAACAUAUACUUAAAGCUGAAACACAGUGCCCUUAUCUUUUUAUUUAAAAGGACUUCUGAACUAAGCGGCAGAAUUGGUGUCAACUUAAAAAUAACCAAAGAACAGAGCUUGCUGUGUCAGAGAAGAUGUCGGGACGUGGUGCCCAGCUUUGCCUCAGGACAUCCCAGCGCGAGACUGUGGGCCCCGUGUCUUGGGCUUACGGCUUGAUAGUUUACAGUCUUUCUGCCCUCAGAGGUUCAGCCCUGCAGGACGUGUUCCUAUUGUACGCCAGCAGGGAACAUCGAACUUUCUUUUCUUUUAUUAGUUUCACUAGAGCAAAAAUGAACCUUUCAAAAGUUUUUCUUGUUUGUGAUAACAAAAGAUUUGUUGAUGUGUUACGCUUUGUAUUUAUCUCCUACAGAGACCAUCAAGUGUGCAAUUGACUGCCCUCUCCCCAUAAAUGCAGAGUCGUGGACUCAGAGUUGGCAAGGACCAUUAAAAAUUACCUAAAACAGCCUCCUUAAACUCAGCCUCUUGCAGGAAGCUAUAACUGUAUAUAAAAAUACCUAAUUGCUAAUCUUUUCUACCUGUUUCUAAUUAAAUGUAGUUAAGCUGAGA